CCCAGAGGUAAUCUCGAUUGCAUUGUAGGACAAUGAAACAGUUUACGUUACUAGUUGUACUUUUGUGUUUUAUUAACACUCAGGCAGCACCGGACCGCACUUCCCGCAUCAUCAAUGGACGAGUAGUUCCACACAAACCUUAUAAUGUGUUUAUCAUGUUCCUAAACGAUAACAAUUCAGGAUUCUUUGGUGGAGGCACAAUUAUUUCUAACCUCCACAUUCUGACUGCCGCAGCCAACAUCGUCGGAUUCACCUCAUGGACUGUUCGCUAUGGGAGCAACAUCUUCAGCCAAUUAAAUGAAAUCGUUUCAACCACUGCUACUCCCCAUCCUGAAUUUGAUUCAAAUAACCGGCUCAACGACAUCGGCGUUAUUACUCUGCCUCAAUCUCUAACGUUCCACGCAACCGUGUCGCCCGCUGCCCUUCCAUCGCGUUUCUCAUCUGAGCUAAAUCUGCUACCUCUUGAAAACGAGCAGGGAACAAUCGUGGGCUUCGGAUUCACCAGUGAAGAUGUUCAUACACAAUCGGAUGUUUUGUGGGGAUCCUUCCAGCGGGUGAUAGACGAUGCUAACUGCCAACGGUUCUAUACGAUCACGCUGCCAAGGCACUUUUGCGCUACUGAUAAUGUUGACUCUUCCAACGUUUGCAACGGAGAAAUUGGCGCUGGUUUCAUUACUGACGUACGAGGUUUACCGACAGUCACGGGAGUUGCAUCGCAGCUAACAGUUGGUUGUGGCUACACGAGUCCAACGGCGUACACUCGUGUUGAAUUCUACCGUGAAUGGAUCAAUACAAUAACAUCACUAUAAUUUAGAUUAAAAAGAUUCACCACAUAUGUAUACCAUCCUGGUGAAUUAUGAAAACGACUCAAUUAAAAUAUAUGUAAUUUCUUAA